AUGGCAGCGCGACCUCCUGCUCAGCUCCCGACUACCCGCAGGUCUGAGCCGGCGUACCGAGAACAAAGACAACAAAAAGUUGAAGAAUAUCUCUCAAGAAAGAAGAUAUUUUCUGGAAUAGCCAUUCAAGAAAAUCAGCCUUCAAUCAGCAGUAGCAGAGCUAGGAGAGCAAUUAGCAAUAAACUACAAGACAAAAUACAGCUCUCAACAUCUUCAAAGCCAGAAAUGGAAAAUAAAGAGAAUGCUGAUAAACUGUCAUGGAAUCAAUCAAGUGGAACCUCCGAAAAAAAUGUUAUUUUAGACUCCUCUACAAUCUCACUGACAAAUUCCUUAUCAGGCACAAACUGUAAACCUGAAGAUCAUGCUUCUGAGGAUCAAGUUGUUAAAAUAAAAUCUCAGCAUGUGUCACUUAGCAAGACCUUCUUGCAAAUGAAAAGCAUGAAAGAGAAACAAUUGAUUGCUGAAAAGCAAAAUUCAAAUGCCAGCCUACCAAAGAAACCAGUGCUUGGUACAUAUCGUGGCAAAAUUAUCCAAUCCAAGAUAAACUCCUUCCGAAAAGCACCAAAAAGUGAGGGGGAAAAGAGUUCUUUGCCAGACGAGAAGCUUCUUCCUUCUGCCACUACCAAAACAGCAGUAAGUUUUGUCCAUGAGCAGUUUUACUGUAGUUCUGAACACCAUCAUACUAAUGGUAUUCUCUCAUUCCAGAGGAAACCAUCUGACAAAGCUCCUAUUGGCUCACAGUCUGGUCUGAAGAAAUGGCAGCCAACAUGUGCUGUAGCACCAAAAAAAGUAACAGCCCAAAAAAUGAUGGGUGGAAAGCAGCCACCAAGGGCUACUUCUAAUAAUUCUGAUCACAGAGUUCUAGGAGUUAAGAAACGAGCAAAUUUUUCUGAAGAUGUUGCAAGACCAGGAGUUCCAGCAAAACCCCUUUCUGUUGUUGCUGAUACAAAGUCAGGUCAGAAUUCGAAAUCUAAUGGCAACAGAAAACCUAUUCUGCCAAAAGAGGCAACAGAAGACAGAAGAGCUCGCCUGGAUGAAUGGAGAGCAUCUAGAGGAAAAGUGAUGAGGAGACCUCCUGUAGCUGUGCUUCUGAGACCCCAGUCUAAAAGGGAAGAAAAUGAAUUACCUUCUGGUGAUUCUAUAGAGGAUGUAUUACAUAGUGAAAAAGUCAACAAGACCCUCACAGUAUGUCUGCAGUUAGCUGAACAGGGAUGUCAAGGUGAUGAAAUACGUGCCAUGUUGGAAGAGCUGACUCAGAACAUUCCUGGGACUAAAAAGCUUGCAAAAUAUUGGAUCUGCUGUAUGCAUCUUGAAAGGACGGGUCCUCUUGAAAAGCUUAUUACAGUAUAUGAGGAGGCCAUUUUGGCAGGAGCAAAGCCUAAAUAUGAACUACGACAUGCACUAAUAAAAACUUUGGAAAAUACUGAAAGCCUUUUUAAGUCUGAGGAUGAGGGAACUGCCACAGAAGCUCAUUUAAGUCAAGUAGUGGAAGUCAGCAAAGAACCAAAUUCAUCUGUAGAGCAGGUUCAGGAUGCCUUCAAGGAUCUCUGCUAUGAUGAUGACCAAAAAGCAGAGAGUGAUGACAAGAAGUCAGAAAGUGGAAAUGAAGUGAUCAAGAAAGAAGACAUGGAUUUAGACUUGAAACCAAGUGAAAAGAUUUUGCCAAAAAAGAAUAAAAGGCAUAAGACUAAAGAACGUAGGAAAAAGAAAGGAAAGUAUGAAGCAGAAGAGCAGAAAGAAGAUGAGGUAAAAGACACAGCCCAAGCAGAUAAUUCUGAGAAGGUGAACAACACAUCUUUGAGAUACAAUCCCUCUGCCACACCAUACUUGGAAAGUGUGAAGAGGCAAGAUGAAGCAAAUGACUCCAGUGAUAAACACCUGAUAAUUGUAACCCCUUUGCGGUAUUCUCAGCGCAUUCGAGCGAUGUACAAGAUGACAGAUACUGUUAAAGAUCAAGAUCCUUGUGCCUCUUCAUUUGAACAGCUGAGAGAAUUGGAAGCCACUGCAUUUAUCCAUAAUCAGAGCAAUGCACUAAAAGAAUCAAGUGCUGAAGUGGAAGAGUAA